CUUUUCCGGCGACUUUCGGGACAUUUUUCCGACAACUUUCCGGCGACUUUCGGGACACUUUUCCGGCGACUUUCCAAGCCAUUUUCCGGCGACUUUCCGGAAGCUUUUGGGCAACUUUUUCGGUCAUUUCCGACAACACUAUUUCAAGGAUGUCGAAUGAACCUAGACUCGAAUUUCAAAUCCUUGACUCAACUGGUUCGGAUUACCAUAGUUGGAAAACUGACGUUGAGAACCACCUCACAUCAAAAGGGAUAUUGCCCAUAAUCCAGGAACCAAACGCGGGCCUUGUGUUCCAACGAACACCCAUAAAGCAUGCACAAGCAAUUAUCUUGAUGCGACGCCAUAUGGACAAAGCACUCAGAUUAGAGUAUAUGUCCAUCAAAGAUGCAAGGGACCUAUGGGUGGCGCUAGAAGAGCGCUUUGAUAAUAUCCAAGAUUCCCUCCUCCCUGACUUGAAGGUUCAAUGGAACAAUAUACGCUUCUCCGACUUCAAGUCUGUUGCUGAAUACAAUUCAGAAGCUCUUCGGCUAAAAGCCAUGCUGAAGUUCUGUGGAAAACCUCUCACAGAAGAAGAGCUAAUUGAGAAGACUCUCUCCACCUUCCCCGUCGCAGCAAUUAUACUAUCAAAGCAAUAUCGCACUGAAUUUAAUGCUGGACGACUUACGAAGUUCAAUGAGCUUAUCAAUAUUUUGUCGGUGUUGGAGAAGCACGACAAUAUCCUUGUGAAGAAUUAUAAUUCAAGGCCCGUAGGAACCAAAAGCGUUCAUGAGGCAAAUUAUAAUGUACCCAAGAAAGGGCGCAAGGAGCGGUACCCUACUAAUAAGGGGCAUGUAUACCCUAAUAACAGGGGACAUGACGGACGAAUGGGUCCAUACAACCGCCCCAAUAAGGAAGGAAACCGCAACUUUGGAGCGGGCACACGUGGUGGCAAUUCCACACGUGGGAAAAGAGAAUAUAACAACACCAUGGGCCGUAACACUGUGGGCCGUGGAGGUCGCAUAAUACGCCGUGGUAGUAGCAGCAACAACCCGCCUAGGGAAUAUCCACAACGUGCACCUCAAAUAAAGAAAGUCAACCACAAUGACAUGUGUCAUAGGUGUGGAUCAAUCGAGCAUUGGUUUAAGCAAUGCCAAGCAAGUACUCAACUAGCUGCACGCUACAAGGAGUACAGGGAAAUGAGGGAGCAAGAAGCUCACCUUGCUGAAGAAGAAAAUGGUGAAGAUGUUAUUCUCACCAUAAAAGACUUCAAAGCUGAAAAUGAAGAGCACGAGGAUGCCGCAGACUUUGAUUAAAAUAGUCUUUUCUAUUUUCCAAUAAAACGGCAAAUGUGCCUUAGUCAAAUAACAAUUGAAUUGACUCUUUCUCAUGUGGCGUACCCAAUGAAGUAUGAUGUCUAGGCAAGUAAUUGAGAUCGGGGUACUUAAGCGAGCCUCGCUCCACCAACAUCUCUCUACUUACCUGGUCAUAUUUUAUUGGAAUUACCAAACGGAUUGAGCAAUUACAAUUUGUAUAAAGUUUGAUUUUAUAUUGGAAUAAACUUUGGAAACUUUGAUGUAAUCAUUGACUAUUUUCCCUAUUAAUAAAGUAUCGCAUUACCAAUGUCAUUGACAUGUGUUAAUAUUCCGAACUUUAUUUCUUCAGUAUGUCUUCGGGAGAAUUGGAAUGCCUUCUUGAUAGUGGCACCACACAUACUAUAUUACGACAUAGGCAAUUAUUCUUAUGGAUGACGCCUAGUCAAUCUUCAGUGACCACGAUGGCAGGACCAUCUCAAUUGAUUCAUGGUCGUGGACCAGCUCAAUUUCUAUUGCCGAAUGGCACAAAUAUUAAUGUCGCCGAAGCUUUAUAUGCUCCAAGGGCUGGAAGAACCCUAUUAAGUUUUAAAGAUAUAAGAGCCAAUGAUUUUCAUGUGAAAACACAUUGUGAGAAUGGACAAGAGUUCCUUUACAUCACCUCUAAUAACUACGGAAAUACACGAGUAUUAGAGAAACUCAUGUGUCGCUCUAGUGGAUUGUACGCAACCACUAUUAGAGUCAUUGAAUCCAACCAUGUCAUGAAUGAAAAUUUAUGGGAUUCCGACACAUACAAAC